UAAAUUACACUGUUAACGUGAUGAUGAUGUAAAUGAUUAUAUAUAAAUACACCCUUAAUAAUUAAGUAUGUAUAUAUAGUCAGUCUUAGUGCUUAGCUUACAUUGCACUUUCACAUUCUCGGAAGCGCCACCCUCAGUCUUUCUCUUCUCGAUCUCUCUUGAUUGGAUCGCAAUGGGUUUAUCUCCUGUUUGCGUUGUGUUUCUCUUGUUUAUGAUAAGCACCAGUGAUUAUAUUGCUUCUUCCGUCGUCUAUGCUACUACCCCCGAUGGAUUUCUCCCAAAUGGUAACUUUGAGGAGGGACCAAAGACAUCAAACAUGAGGAAAACAGUAAUCAUAGGUAAAGACUCCCUUCCGAAAUGGGAAAUCAAUGGUUUAGUAGAGUACAUAUCAGGGGGACCUCAACCAGGCGGCUUCUACUUCAACGUACCACGUGACGUCCACGCAAUAAGGCUAGGCAAUGAGGCCUCCAUCUCCCAAGAAGUAAGACUAAAGAAAGAUUCAUACUACUCAAUUACUUUCAGCACAACUAGAACUUGUGCACAAGAGGAGGCUAUUAGGUUAGCAGCCUCAGGGGUAUCAAUAGAUCUUCCUAUUCAAACUGUGUAUGAUAGUAAUGGAGGGGACACUUAUGCUUGGGCUUUUAAGGCCACUUCUGAGGUUGUUAAGAUUACUUUGAAGAACCCUGGAGUCGAAGAAGAUCCAACUUGUGGCCCACUCUUGGAUGCUAUUGCAAUCAAAGAGAUAUUGAUACCUCAUUACAUCGGAGGUAACCUAGUUAAAAAUGGAGGGUUCGAAAUCGGUCCAUAUGUAUUUGAUAAAUUCUCAACAGGAGUCCUCAUCACUCCACAUUCCCAUGACCUCGUCUCACCACUCCCCGGUUGGAUCAUAGAGUCAUUGAAGCCAGUUAAGUUCGUUGACUCCAAACAUUACUUCGUACCCUCAGGAUCAUCUGCUAUUGAACUAGUUGGUGGAAGAGAAAGUGCCAUUGCUCAAAUUAUACAAACCAAAACCGGCGUGUCAUACCUCCUUACGUUCAAAGUUGGCGAUGCCAAAAACGGAUGCCAAGGUUCAAUGGUUGUUGAAGCAUUUGCUGGUAUGGAAACUGUUAAGGUUCAUUUCAAUUCUGAAGCUAAAGGUGGAUUUACAAGUGCAAGUCUCAACUUCAAAGCCAUUUCUGAUAGAACUAGGAUUACAUUUUGGAGUGCAUUUUAUCAUACUAGACUUGAUUUUGGCUACAUGUGUGGUCCUGUCUUAGAUGAUGUUAAGGUUGUAUACGUUAAGUAAUUUUGUAAGCUCAUAACCUACAUUUCUUGUAAUGUUGUUCACUUUCGUUCAGAAUUUCAGGUUUAUUUAUAAUAUAUGCAUGAUUUGUAUCAUGUUAAAUUCAAUAAGUUGUGUUCUGAGGGAAAUUAAAAAAAAUAUAUUAAUUUUAUCAA